AUGUCGAAACCGGCGUCAACAGCGGCGGGCCGUAGGCGUGCAUCAUACACCCCCAACCCCACUGACAAGAUUCUCGGCUGCUUCUCCAAUGUCGAACCGUCGCCACGGCUUGAUCACAUGAUCCGCUAUCUCUCAACGUGGUCCGGCACCGACAAGUGCCUGAUGCUCACGCAGUAUUCCUCCAAGCUGGUCAUUGUCCUACUCAACCUUCAGUACGCUUUGCGGCUGCGGCUGCUCGGCAUCAAGUCUACCAAGUCGUCGGCGGUCGCGCAACGCGUGCAGAAGCUUAGCGCGCUCAUCAGCGAUGCACGUGUGCUGUACCGCAUCUGGGGGAUCCUGCCCAUCAUCAAGUGGAUGAUUGGUCUCGAGAGGUCGCCUCCGCCUACACGCUUGCUGCACAACAUCGAGCGCAUCCAAGGCUGGUCAAUGCUCGCUUACUGUCCCAUGGAGGCCGUCGCGUACCUUGGCAGCCACGGCAUCCUCUCGGUCCCCGCCGCGGUCCAGAAUGCGUUCUGGCUGUGGGGCUCGCGCUUCUGGGCGCUCUACGUCGGCCUCCAGCUUCUCCACCUCGUCGAGGACAACCGACUGCUUCGACUUCGAGCAAAGGCACUCGAGCGUUCACGGGGACACCCGACGCCUAACAAGAUCCAGCUCAAUCCCAACGGACACCUCCCCGCGUCCUCGGGUGCUUCCACCCCGUCAGCCUCCGAAAAGGCAGUGGAUGCGACAACGCAGGAGCAGGUCAUCACGCGCAGAAUGUGGGACGAGCUGGAUGACCGAAAAGCGGCGAUCCUCAACGAACUGUGGGUCAACCUAGGCUACUUGCCUCUUACUGUUCACUGGUCCUGCGCCAAGGGGUUGAUCUCCGAGGGCUGGGUCGGGUUGUUCGGGACCAUUGCUGCUAUGGCUGGGUUGCGGUCCGGCUGGAAGAACUCGGCUGCUCCGCCACUGCCUCCCGCAGCUGCCGCCGCUUCCUAG